CAACAUCGCUGAUGAAAUUAAAGAACCCUGGAGGUAAUGUUAACAUUGGCUCUGCUCAGGCACAUGAUUUCCUGACUAACUCUCGCCCUAAGAGGGACAUUGACCCAAAGUGGUACAAAGGCACUCCUGAUUUCCAGUCCUACUACCGCUUCUACAACAGUAUUGGACACACUGAAGGACUGUAUGAGAUCGACAGGAUCCGGAUGCUGUAUCAGCAGAUGCGUCACUUGGAGUUGACCUAUGGCCCAGAUGCCUCCAGUUACCAAAGUGUCAUGGGUGUUCUGACUACCACCGCACCACCAACUACUACCACUCUGCCUCCCCCACCCCCCACCACCCCUGCUCCAACACCAGACCCUCUGGAGAAUGCUCAGAGGAUCUAUCUGUGUAACCCCAAAGACCCCCUGUGCAAGCCUAACAUCGUCUACCUGCCAACAGGGGCUGUUCCAGUACUGUGUGACCCACGGGUUAACCCCGCCUGCAGGCCCAUAACAGAGGCGGAGAUAAAAGCUGCUGCUCCUCCCAAACUACCCCCACCCCCACCCCCCCCUGCUCCCAAAAAGGCUGUCCCACCUCCACCAACUCCUGCCAUCACUGCUAAAGGUAUGGAGUAUGACUGCGAUCCAUACUGGGACCCUGACUGCCUCAUCGACCACCCUCCCCGCCCUAUCGAGGCAACAGCUGAACCAGAGGCAGCUAAAGUCGAGGAACCUGUCCCUGAAGCUCCAGCCACAGAGGCAGCCCCUGCCUUUGACCCCUAUGAUUUCAAGCGUGACCUUUAUGACCCCUUCCGUUAUGCCGAUCCAGCUCCCGAACCAGAAUAAAAAUAAAGCGCUUAAGAUAUGAUAGUUUUCUAUGCAGGGUACAAAAUGAAAUCAACAAACCAAACCAAGACAAGACUGUGAGCAAAUCCAAAUAAAACAAGUGUGUGGAUAAAAAGGGUCAAGUUCAAAUCAUUCCAAAAAUCAAAUUUCACAUGACAGUGUAGAAAACGAUUGAACUGUAUACCCCAUA